AUGUUCUGUCCUUUUUUGUUCUGGGAAAACAAAAGGGGACACCAUGUUACUUUCCUCAGUGGAUUCAAAGCUGAUUUUCACAUUGAUGGCCUCAAGGAAAUCACACCAUUGCAUUUGGUCCAUUACAUCCAGAACUACACAGAUUGGGAUUUGGUGGGAGCACGUUAUGCCCACAAAACUCCAGUGCCGCUUUGGCAGGCACUACGGUAUCCAGCCGAGGCAUGCAACAGUUUGUUGGAACCUGAUGACCACACUGGAGUUACCGUUACUGAUGAAUUAUUGACACAAAGAUUCCAUUUAGCCAUUGUUGAUGGUGCAUUUCCGGAGUGUGCUUUGGGCAUCGUACAUCGUUUGGGUCUGCCGUUCAUGUUUAUCAAUACCGUCGGCUUCUAUACAGGAAGUCUGGCAAUGGCAGGAAAUCCAAUUGCGUAUGCUGUAACGCCUCAUGUCUUUACAGCACUAACGGAGACAAUGAAUCUAUGGCAGCGUAUAGAAAAUUAUGUGACACAUCUAUUAGCCGAUUUAUUGCACAAGUAUUAUACCAAUCAAGUGCAUGGAGUUCUAAUUCAACACUUUGGCGCCAGUAUACCGCAUCCUUAUGCAUUGAUGCGCAACGUUUCCAUCAUACUGCAGAAUGGCCAUGCCAGCAUCACCUAUGCCCGGCCUUUCUAUCCGAACGUUAUCGAAAUUGCUUGUCUACACUGCAGACCCGCUGGCAAAUUACCGCAAGACCUGGAGCAGUUCAUGGAAUCAGCUCCGGCGGGUGUGAUAUUUUUCUCAAUGGGCUCGUCGGUGAAGGCAGCAAACAUGCCCGAAGAGUUCCGUCGCAUGCUCGUCGAGGUAUUUUCGCGUUUACCACAAUACCAUGUUCUUUGGAAGUGGGAUGGCAAUGCCACCGCGACCGGUAUCCAUGCGAGAGAGGCCAUAUUGCCCAAUGGGCCACAUCAACAUAUGAGAGGCAUCAGCAGGAAUGUUCGUUUGAGUGGUUGGUUGCCGCAACAGGACAUAUUAGGCCACCGGAAGUUGAUGGCUUUCGUCACACAUGGCGGUCUGCUUAGCAUGUAUGAAGCCAUUUAUCAUGCGGUGCCCAUGGUUAUGCUGCCCGUUUUCUGUGACCACGACGUAAAUGCAGUCAAAGCCGAAUCGGAUGGCUAUGCCGUACGUUUACCGCUUGAAACGAUAACGGCAGAUAAACUCUACCACACCAUAAUGGCCAUUAUAAACAAUGGCAAAUACAAAAGAAAAAUCCAUGAGAAAAGUCAAUUGUUAUUGGAUCAAAUGUCAAAGCCGAUUGACACGGCAAUUUAUUGGACAGAAUAUGUGAUGAAGCACAAGGAUGUGUCACACUUACAGUCACCAGUGCGGAAUAUGAGUUUUUUCAUAUACCAUUCACUGGAUGUUAUUUGUGUUUUUAUGCUAAUCGUUGGCGGUAUGCUCAUAAUUUGGCAACAAAUAUUGAAAUAUGCCCUGAGAAAUAGAACGCAGCAGAGAGUGGAAGAAAGAACGCAGCGAUUCAAGAUUUUGAAGCAGUGCUAAAUAUUAAAACAAAUGUGUUCACAAUAAGA